AUGGGGUGUGGAAUCACUGUGUAUCUUCAAUGGCAUCCUCCUCGCGGAGAACCUGCAGACACCACUUGUUCUCCAGAAUGCAUGCCGGAUCAUCCUGUGAUAGCAACUGAUGGCACAUGUUCUAGCAGUGGUUGUUGCAGUGCAAACAACAAGCAGUUUGACUCAAAUAUGUUUCCCAUCAAGUACAGUGCGGAGAAAGAGAACUUGCUAGUCAACUCAAGUCUUGCUUUGGUGGAGAGCAACUGGAGGAGCAAGAAGAAUAAUGUCAUGGUGCUGCAGAAGGCGGUAUCAUUUGAGACCAGCCUUGGUGCCUCUAAAGGCGUACUACACACCAUACCAGGAGUACCAAUUAGAACGGCUGUCAGUUGGGUGUUCAGUAACAUGUCAUGUGCUGAGGCUAGCAAUUCAAGUGACUUUGGAUGCCUCAGUGACAACAGUGAGUGCCUUGAGUACCUUAAACCCGAUGAUUCAAGAGGAGGUCACACAAGCCAGUGUUGGCAUGGCUACGAAGGCAACCCCUACGUGCAACACGGAUGCCAAGAUAUUGACGAGUGUACAAGUCAAGGUGAGUACUCCUGCUUUGGCCAGUGCAUCAACUUGAUAGGGUCAUAUACCUGUACCUGUCCCCAUGGCACCACUGGUAACCCCCCAAAACAAAAUGGAUGCUCUUCAACCAAAUCAAAAAAUUCAGGUAAUGGGCAAGAUUGGAAAAUACUCCGUACUGAUCUUUGUUGAUAACAUAGUAAGAUAGGUAAAUAUUAUU